GUUGCCCCCGAUGCAGUUGUUGUUGUCGUCGUCGCCGAGUUGCUGUUGCCCGAACGUGUGUGUGUUCUGAGGUGUUGUGCGGCGGACGUACAUAAGUGUGUGUAUGUUGUGUUGUGCGAUUCCCACACCAAAAAAAAAAAGAAAAGGAGCUGCGAAAAAAAACACGGCAAAUCUAUUGAUUUUUAACAAUAUGCACAUGGAUAGACACACAUUACGGCAGUGGCCCCCAGUGAGGCAGCAAGCGCAGCAGCAGAAGCAGCGAAUGCAGCACUAGAACAUUAGCAGCCAUCGAAGCCGCAGUCCCUCGUCCCCGGAGAUCCCCAGUUGCUGGUCCAGCCAUGAACUCCAACUCCUGCAGCGACAGCAGCAACGAGUCCAUGGUCAAUCCGGCGCACAUUCAGAUGAACUUUGGCCAGCAGCCGCAGCAGCAGGUUCAGGGACAACAGCAGCAGCAGGAGCGAUAUGUGUGGGAGAUGCGCACCCGUAGUCCGAAUGUUACGCCAGCCAGCACGGUGCUCAAUUCGCCGGAUCUCAAUGCCGAGCUGUCCUACGUCCCGCUGCAGGGUCUGUCCCCGUCCGGCGGAGGUGGUCAGGUGUCCGGCGGCUAUGGGUUGAAUGCGGCCCGUGACUCAGGCGGCUAUUACUACCAGCGACCGCACUUGCAUCAGAUCCGGCUGGGCAGGAGUCCGGGCAGCCAGUUCGAGUCCCGGGACGUCCUGCCACAGGGAUUGGCCAGUCCCGGCUCGCCGACGGAUGUGGGCAAGGCGGACGGCCAGUGUCUGCGGGAUGGUGAGAUCGUUGUGUUCGACGACAUCGACACCAACUGGAUGAACAAGGCAUCGAGUGGCCAGCGUCCGGGCAGCAACGAGGAUGUCCUCAAGGUGACCAAGAUGAUUGGCCAGCUGCCAAUUGCCGAGUACGAAGGAUCUCCGCGACGAUUUGGUAGUCAGCCUAACACAAACACGAUCACCUUGGGUGGUCCUCGAAAACGUCCGCCGGGAUUCCCGCAAAGGGUUUCGCCCACAACGUCCAGUGCCGGCAAUAAUGCGACUGCCUCGGCCAAAGCAUCUGUGGGCAACCUCAUCGAUCUGAUCGAUCACGAGGAGGAGCGCUCGGGGGCGCUGCGCGAGAAGACCCCGACUUUCGAUUACCUGUAUGAGUUCUCGGAGACCCGGAAGGUCCUGGAGGAGUUCUUUAAGGCGAAUCCGGAGGACGAGAAGCGAUACACGGACUACACCACGGAAAGUGGUGACGAUGUGGCCAGUUCGCAGCAACAGGAGUACCCAGCUACGCCCAUGGAGCAGGCAUAUAUCGGCCAGCGGCUGGCGAGAAUACCCAAAGAAGAGCUCUACAUGGUGCACCGCUCGCCCACUAAGAAGCCACCCAGUGACCAGAAUCCAGCGACAGUCUACCAGGAGCACAAUGACAUCGAGCUGUAUAUUGAUUCGAAUAGUCGUAGCAGCGGCGACCUGGCAGACACCGAGUUGGAGGCCAAUUUGCGAAGGCAUUCGCGUAACUUCACCCUGUCGCCGGAGACGACGGACUACGAUUCGAAUUGCGGCGACCUGGAUAGCCUGUCCAACGACAUCAACUGCCCCACGGAUUAUGGCAAACUGUAUACGAGCAUGCCCGUCUUGGAGGAUGGCUUGAGUAGUGGGCAUGCCUCCGAUACGGAGAACAAUGUGUCCGUGGUCUGUGACAAGCAGCAGUCGUCCCAAUCGCAGCCCGUCCACGAGCACAACGGCAAUGGCGAGCGGCUGGAGAACGACUACAAUGUGAUGAGUGCCAGCAUGGCCACGCUGACCACAGAUGCCUCGCAGUCGGCGCUGAUAAGCGACUUCUCCUCGCUGCCCAUGCCCCCGGCCCCGCCCCCAUCGUCGCCGCCCCAAAUCGAAAUUGCCGAUGCCAGUGAAUCCAUGGCCAUGGCCGCAGAGGCCGAUAAUCCGUUGGACAGUCACUACGGUGCCGUUUAUGCAGCGGCCUUGGGAGGUUCUCUACAAGAAAAGUCAGGGGGAUCGGGACUGGGAGUGAACUCGGCAACUGCGGGAGGAUCACUGCCAUCGCAGGCUGCGUCGGAAAUCCAGGAGGCCAUGAAGGAGAUCCGUUCCGCCUUGCAGCGGGCCAAGACGCAGCCAGAAAAGCUGAAGUUCUGCGACGAGGUUCUGCCCACGGAUCCGGACUCCCCGGUUUGGGUGCCUCGCAAGGCGACAGCGGUAUCGGUGGCUCAAGCUGCGGCAGCGGAUGAGGAGCCGGACACUGACCUGGAAACGGAUCGCCUCCUUGGUCAGCAGCGGCACGAUGAGCAGGACUUUUUCGCUGAUCAGACCCUGGCGGAUAGCAAUGCCAACGAGGGCACGGAGAUCGCCAGCAAUGGCCAUCUCAAUGGAAUGGCGGACAACAACAAUCCGAAUCCAAUGCCCAAUACCAAGCCGCAGACCUACUCGACGGCCACUAUCCGGCAGGGCAUUGGCACCUCACUGACACCCAAUUCGCCGGACAUUUGUCAGAUUGUGGGCACGACCGACAUCUCCAUAAGUUCGCCGGAGAAGCUGCAGUUCAGCAAGAGUCCCACGGGUUCCAUCAAAUCGCUGAAGGACUCGGCCAACUCGGACAAGAAGGCCAAGUCGCGAAACAAGGAGGGUCUCUUGGAACCCAAAGUUCUAAUCGAAGGCGUGCUGUUCCGGGCCAGAUAUCUGGGAUCGACCCAACUUGUGUGCGAGGGCCAGCCGACCAAGUCCACCAGGAUGAUGCAGGCCGAGGAGGCCGUCUCCAGGAUCAAGGCUUUGGCUCCCGAGGGCGAAAGUCAGCCGAGCACUGAAGUGGACCUGUUCAUAUCAACCGAGAAGAUAAUGGUGCUGAACACAGAUCUUAAGGAGAUCAUGAUGGACCAUGCGUUGCGCACUAUAUCCUAUAUAGCGGACAUUGGCGAUCUGGUUGUGCUGAUGGCUCGUCGCAGAUUUGUGCCCAACAGUGUGGUGGAUCCGGCGAACGCCAGUCCAUUGGGAGAGGUGCCCAGUCCGGGAAUGGGCGAGGAUGAGUCGCCGCCCAAGGAGCCGCUCAGCAAGCAUAAUCGCACGCCCAAGAUGAUCUGCCAUGUGUUCGAGAGCGAUGAGGCGCAGUUCAUAGCCCAGUCCAUCGGCCAGGCCUUUCAGGUGGCCUACAUGGAGUUCCUGAAGGCGAACGGCAUCGAGAACGAGAGCCUGGCCAAGGAGAUGGACUACCAGGAGGUGCUCAACAGUCAGGAGAUUUUCGGCGACGAGCUGGAGAUCUUCGCCAAGAAGGAGCUGCAGAAGGAGGUGGUGGUGCCGAAGGCCAAGGGCGAGAUCCUGGGCGUUGUGAUCGUGGAGAGCGGCUGGGGCUCCAUGCUGCCCACCGUAGUGAUUGCCAACCUGAUGAGCUCCGGAGCAGCUGCCCGCUGCGGCCAGCUGAACAUCGGCGACCAGCUGAUAGCCAUAAACGGCAUGAGCCUGGUGGGCCUGCCGCUGUCCACCUGCCAGAGCUACAUUCGCAAUGCCAAGAACCAAACUGCCGUCAAGUUCACCGUUGUGCCCUGUCCGCCCGUCGUCGAGGUCAAGAUCCUGCGACCCAAGGCGCUGUUCCAGUUGGGCUUUAGUGUUCAAAACGGCGUGAUCUGCAGCCUUUUGCGUGGAGGAAUCGCCGAGCGGGGCGGAGUACGCGUUGGCCACCGCAUCAUUGAGAUUAACAACCAGAGCGUAGUGGCCGUUCCACACGAUACCAUCGUCAAGCUGUUGUCAUCCUCAGUGGGCGAGAUCCUAAUGAAGACGAUGCCCACGUCCAUGUUUCGUUUGCUCACUGGCCAGGAGACGCCUAUCUAUAUAUAAAUAUAUGCAACUGUUCACACGCCUGCGCUGGAAUCGAAAAACUAUAAAUUCGUCAACUGCAACACUAUCAGCUUUACGUUCCAUCAACUAAAAACGAAUCGAUAGUGAAUUUGAUUCGUAUAUAGACCAAUUAUUGGAAUUUGAUUAGCCUUAAGUUGAUAAACUGUUCAUUGGUCUUGAAAUUUGCAAAAUGUUCAUUUUAGCCAAUUUAAGUGAUUUGACCAUUUGUAAAUCGAUAAAGCCUUAAAUGAGAUUAAUUGUUCAUCAACAAAUCGUUCAACUGCCCAGAAUCGAUAUACUGCAAUGAAGAAUAUUAUAAAAGUUUCAGAAAAAUUUGAAUGUUUGGUUAUUUUUCCCAUCUUUGUAUAUGAAAAAGACUGAAUUUAAAGCCAGUGCGAGUGUAUGUGAGCAGUCAUUGUAAAGUAUUCGAAAAAUUGUAAACCCAAUGUCCCAAAAUUGUACCCAAAAUACCAACCUUCCCAUUAUUCCCUCGCAUCCAGUAGCCUAAGCAUUCGAUUGAAUUUACUUGCAAGCAAUUAUUUAUGAUAUGAUCUAAUCCAUUAUUUGUCAUGUAAAUUAACCGUACUUUAGUUCUUUAACUACAUUUAUAAUUUUCGAUAAAGAGAAACAAAAAGAAACACACACCUUAUGCCAAAAAAGAGUUAGAUUUCGUUAAACUUAUUAUUGUAUAGAGCCAUUGCGGAUGAUUAUUGCAAUACCAUUACCGAUAUUUAUAUUUAAAGAAAAUAGCCUUAGAAAAACGAAGCCAUGCCUGCAAACAAACAAACAAAAUAAAUGCAUUUAAACGCGUCAGAUUAAAAAACGAAGCGCAUAUUGAUUAUAAUUGUAUAUGUAAUGUCUGUACAAGAAAUCUGCACAUUUCUCGAUCGAUUAUUGCCAUAUACCUAACGAUAUAUACUCGUACGAUACAAAUAUGAUAAAUCUAAAAUCUAAAGCGAAAACAAUAAGCAAAAUAGCAAAAGUAAUACGAAGAACAAUAAUUUCAGCAUUGUCUAGUUUCUGUUAAGCGAGGGCAUAAAUGUAUAAGAAAGAGACGGAGCCACAAGGAAAGACAGAGACGGCGCCAUAGGGAGCGAUAGAGACAGAUACAGAGAGAUAGAGGGAGAGAGCUUAUUUUUGCAUACUUUAAAAAGCGACAAACAAAAGGCAAAUAAACCACAAAAAGCAAAUAAUUAAAACAUAUGUUAUUAAUCUAAAAGGAAGCGACUAAACUAAAAGAAUAUUUUAAAUAUUUCAAGUGCAGGUAACAACAAAAGACGCAAGUUAAUAAUAUUUAUAUAAAUAUAUAUAUAUAUAUAUAAAAUACUUCUGAUCGCCAUUCGGAAGCGCAGGU